AUGGCGAACCAAACGCCGGCCGUUGUCAUGGACAACGGCACGGGUUUCUCCAAGCUCGGCUUCGCCGGAAACGACUCCCCCUCGUUCGUCUUCCCGACUGCCAUCGCCACCAAAGGCGCCAACACGGGCGGCGCCAGCGGCGGCUCCGGCUCCGGCAGACCAUCCGUCGGCAACAAGCCGAGCUUUCUCACCGGAGGUGCCGGCCCCAGCAGCAGCCACCUGAGCUCGAAGCGAGGCACCGAGGACCUCGACUUUUGCAUCGGCGACGCCGCCCUGAGCGCGGCCUCGGGACCCGGGUACGGGUUGCACUACCCCAUCCGCCACGGACAAAUAGAGAACUGGGAUCACAUGGAGCGAUUCUGGUCCAAUUCCAUCUUCAAGUACCUUCGUGUCGAGCCCGAGGACCACUACUUUCUCCUCACCGAGCCCCCUCUGAACCCGCCCGAGAAUCGCGAGAACACGGCGGAAAUCUUCUUCGAGUCCUUCAACUGCGCCGGCAUGUACAUUGCCGUCCAGGCCGUCCUGGCCCUCGCCGCAUCCUGGACCUCGUCAAAGGUGACGGAUCGAUCCUUGACGGGCACCGUCAUCGACUCGGGCGACGGCGUGACGCACGUGAUCCCCGUGGCCGAAGGAUACGUCAUCGGCUCCUCGAUCAAGUCGAUCCCCAUCGCCGGCCGCGACAUCACCUACUUUGUGCAGUCCCUCCUCCGAGACCGUGGCGAGGCCGACUCGUCGCUCAAGACGGCGCAGGAGAUCAAGGAGCAAUACUGCUACGUCUGCCCGGACAUGGUCAAGGAGUUUAGCAGGUACGACCGCGACCGCGAGCGCUUCGCGAAGCACGUCGUCGCCCACCCCGGCGGCCGCCAGGUGUCGGUCGACGUCGGCUACGAGCGAUUCCUCGCGCCCGAGAUCUUCUUCAACCCCGAGAUCUACAGCUCCGACUUUCUCACGCCGCUGCCGACGGUCGUCGACGGCGUGAUCCAGCAGUCGCCCAUCGACGUCCGCCGGGGCCUCUACAAGAACAUUGUCCUCUCCGGCGGCAGCACCCUCUACAAGGACUUUGGCCGGCGGCUGCAGCGGGACAUUAAGCAGCUCGUGGACGCCCGGAUCCGCGCGAGCGAGGUGCGCAGCGGCGGCGCCCGCAGCGGCGGCCUCGAGGUGCAGGUGAUUACCCACAAGCGACAACGGCACGGGCCCUGGUUCGGCGGCAGUCUGCUCGGACAGACGCCCGAGUUCCGGUCGUACUGCCACACCAAGGCCGAGUACCAGGAAUACGGGCCGAGCAUCGUGCGAAGGUUCGCCCUGCUCGGCGGACCAGGCGGCUCAUAG